AUCGAUCAGAAUGAAGGUACUUUCUGUAGUGGCAAUUGUAGCCAUUUUGGCUGUCAGUGCCCAUGGUGGCAAGCUGACUGAGAACUUGGCUAAGAUCAUUCCCAGUUUCGCAACUGGAUUCGUGAUCAACGGCACAGAAGCUGAACCCCACAGUGCUCCCUACAUUGUCUCACUGGCCACCAAUUUCGCUAAGCACUCGCACAUCUGUGGUGGAACCAUCAUCAACAAGGAUUGGAUCGUUACUGCUGCUCACUGCAUCUCCAACCCGGUUAACAUGAGCGCCAUUGCUGGUCUGCACACUCGCGCCGAGGUUGAUGAGCUCACCCAGCAGCGUCUGAUUGAUUUUGGCCGUGUCCAUGAGCAAUACACCGGCGGUGUUGGACCCUACGAUAUUGCUUUGCUCCAUGUUAGCGAGCCAUUCAUUUUCAACGAAUGGGUUAGCCCCGCUACUCUGCCCACCCGUGAGGAAAAGCACAACGGCGAGACCCAUCUGUAUGGCUGGGGUCAACCUAAAUCAUAUGUCUUGACUGCCGCCAAGACCUUGCAGACUGUGACCACCGAAAUUGUCAACUUUAGUGAAUGCAAAGAAGCUCUUCCCGACACUGCUCCUCUGGUUGAAAGCAAUAUUUGUUCUGCCUCAUUGGAACAAAGCAUCUCUGCCUGCAACGGUGACUCUGGUGGCCCAUUGGUUGUUGAGCAGGAAAACGCUGCUUCCGAGCUGAUCGGUGUGGUUUCCUGGGGAUACAUUCCCUGCGGUUUGGCCAACCUCCCAUCUGUGUACACCAGGGUGUCUGCCUAUGUCGAUUGGAUCUCUAAGAUCCAGAGUGCUUACUACAUUCUGUACUAAAAACCGGAUGUAUCCUUAAUGCAAUAAAUCAAAGUAUAUCCAGAAACAAUUAAA